AUGCGCCAUGUAUUUCCGAGCUCCGCAAAGCUGUGGUUCGAGGUGCAUGCAGCGCGUCUCCGAUCCGGGGAGCUGUGUGUGGUCAAGGUGGUCCGCCCUCACGUGCGCGAGCGCCUGAGCGCGGACUUUGCGGCUGCCACGCUAUUUGCACGGCUGGCGGAUUUGGUCCUGGGGGGAGGCGUGCAGAUUUUGUCGAACAAAAUCUCCAGUGCCAGGAACGCAGGAACUGGACCGGUCCAGUUUCAAGUUUUCCAGAGUCUUCGGCAGGAUUUGGUGCUGCAGAUGGUCAGCGCUUCUUUGGCUGGCUGUGUGGAGGAUGUGACAGUCCGUCGGGCGCGGCUGCAGAAGGCAGUGAAGGUGCCACGCACCUUCUCUGGGGCCUCCGCAGCUCCGGAGAAUUGGCAAAAUGCGCUCACCUCUGCCUUGUCGGUAGCAGCAUUGUCAGUGAUCGAUGGCACAGCCAUUUUCCAUGAAGGCUUUGCCCACGCUUUGCAGCGCAUCCCAGAGCUCGCAGUCUGCUUGCAGGUCUUGGAUGUUGACGCGCUGGCUGAAGAUAUGAAGCCAGUGCUGCGCGAGCUACAACGCUUGAACCCUUUCAGAGGACGCUCAGAUCCCAUGAGCCCAGCGUUGCAUAUGGAGCUCUUCCGAUUGCAAGGGGUCUUGUGCCGACAUGGUGUACAGCUGCCCCGUGAAUUUGCUCUCUUAAUCAAGACGGGUUGCUUUGGAGCCUUAUACUUCUCUUUGCUGGAUGAGCAGCACCGCCGACGGCUUUUCUCGCAGCUCAUGGUCGCUGGAGCGGCCUAUGCCGCUUCCAAUCCCAAGGAUGCGAAGCAGCUGCUGAGACCUGCCAAGCUGGCCGCGUUGCUCGCAGCACUACAUACUAGUGACAGGAGACGGCCAGAGGUUUGA